UCUUAAUCACCGUAUCUUUCCACAUUCCAAUGGUUUAAGCGUGCUGCUGGAUACUAUUUCAGUUUCUAAUUUGUGAGAAUCUCAACUUUCCAACCAUAAAGAGUUGAAAAAUGAUGUGAACAUAUAAGCAUUCUUUAAAAUUAAAUAACAGAUUACACUUUCUAAGAAGUUCCAGGCCUUGUAGAAGAUAAUAAGAUAAAACAAAUCUGUGGUCAAUGGUCCCAGUGUUCCUGAAUCAUGACUAAACCCUAAUGAACCUUAUAGGUUUAGGAUAGUCCUCAACGUCCUGAAAUUCUCAACAACAUGCCCUCAAUGCCAACUCAACUAUAAGUUCAACCCACUGUAGAUCUGGUGUGUAUGAAAUAUGGAUAAACCAAGGGAAUGUGGUUGUAAAGGUUGUAGAACAUGUUUAGUUUGUGAAAAGUUAUAUGGUAUUAUCCCAAAACCUUUUUUCUUUAAUUCAACUCAAAAAUCUUAUGUGUUUUGUCCUUAUUGUAACAAACUAUGGAAGGGGUGGAAUUUGGGGGAUAUUCAAAAGCAUCCCUAUCAUAUAGGCGAACAUAUUCCUUUUAAUGGCAUAUACAUAAAGUUGGAUUUUUUAAAUAAAGAAGAAGAAGAAUUUCUAUUAGAAAAUAUUGAUUCUGUAGCAUGGGAUUCAUCACAAAGUGGCAGAAGAAAACAAAAUUAUGGACCAAAAUGUAACUUUAAAAAAAGAAAAUUGCAAUUGGGCAAUUUUAAAGGCUUUCCAAAGUUUUCGCAGCUUGUUCAGGACAAAUUUCGGAAUAUUCCAAUAUUGGAAGAUUUCCGUACCAUUGAACAGUGCUCUUUAGAAUAUGAUCCAAUCAGGGGAGCAUCUAUUGACCCACAUGUUGAUGAUUGUUGGAUUUGGGGUGAAAGAAUUGUUACUGUUAAUUUGUUGGCAGAUUCAAUUCUGACACUAACUCCUAACUUUAAAAAUGAACAUUAUAAUUUACAUUGUGUGCAUAAUUAUCCCUCAGUAUUAACAAAUACAGGUGAAAAGAAUACAAGUGGUAGCAGUUUUAAAUUUAGUGAAGAUAGAAACAGCUGGCCUGUUGUAAGAAUUCCAAUGCCCAGACGUUCAUUAUUAGUUAUGUUUGGAAGUCCUAGAUAUGAUUGGGAACAUCAAGUUUUAAGGGAGGAUAUUACCAGUCGAAGAGUUUGUUUAGCUUACAGGGAAUUUACACCAUCUUAUUUACCUGGAGGAAGUCAUUAUUCAGAAGGGAGAAAAAUAAUGGAGAUGGCUAAGAACUUUUUCUAGAACACACAUAGAUAAAAUACAUUUAAUAAACUUUCCUAAUUGUGUUGCAUUAAAGCGUUUAUAAAAGAAA